GAUAAACCUUCUUCAACUUGAUCUAAAGAGAGAGGAAAAAAAUGUCUAAGGUCUUGGUUGAGUCCUCGAUACCACACCAAAGGGCCUACAAUACAGGCCCAUUUCCCCUGGUCUUUACGCCAGGGGCAGAUCUUGAUCACCUGGACCUAUCUCUUCUGACCCAAUCCAUCAAGGACCAGAAGCCAUGGCUCGACUCGCUGCUCAACAAGGCUGGAGCCAUUCUCCUCAGAGGCUUCCCAGUGAACACCGCAUCCGACUUCAACGACGUCGUCGAAGCCUUCGACUUCGAGGAGCUACCUUACAUCGGCGGCGCGGCUCCUCGUAACAAAGUGGUGGGCCGGAUUUUCACGGCCAACGAGGCUCCGCCGGAUCAGAGGAUUGAGUUUCAUCAUGAAAUGGCUCAGGUAUCUGUGGUUCCAUCCAAAUUGUUUUUCUUCUGUGAGGUGGAGCCAGGAAGUGGGGGAGAGACACCCAUAGCACUCAGCCAUGUUAUCUACGAGAGAAUGAAGGAGAAAUACCCAGAAUUCGUACAACAACUGGAAGACCAUGGUUUGAUUUACAUCCGAAGAUUGGCAGACCAGGACGAUCUUUCAUCUGUCCUUGGGCGUGGCUGGAAGUCCACCUUCCUCACGGAUGACAAAACCACCGCCGAGAAGAGGGCUGCUCAGGUGGGAACCAAGUUGGAAUGGACAGAGUCGGGGGUCAAUUCGAUAAUGGGUCCAAUUGCAGGGAUAAGGUACGACGAAGGGAGACAGCGCAAGGUGUGGUUUAACAGUAUAGUGUUGUUUCAUUCAAACUGGAAAGACAAGGGGAUGAAUGAUUCGGAGAAAACAGUGAGCUUUGGGAAUGGGGAAGCACUGCCGGAUGAUAUUGUGGAAGACUGCCUCAAAAUCCUGCACGAGGAGUGUGUAGCUUUUCCAUGGCAGAAAGGUGAUGUGCUACUGAUUGAUAACUGGGCUGCGCUUCACUCUCGACGGCCAUACACCCCACCUCGGAAUAUACUCGCUUCACUCUGCAAGUAGUAAAGCUUAAUUACUAGUAUCUAGUUUUUAUGCGGCUUUUGACUUCUUCGCUUUCUAUCAUGGCCGGACUUAGCUUUUUCCUAAGCAAUUAUGAGCUGGAUCGUUCUUGUGCCUGUAAACCAACACUUUGGCAUCCAAAGCUUGUUGAAAUAAAAUCCCAUAACGAAGCCUUUCUUAUGCAUGUAA